AUCAUAUACCAUAAUACGUUAUAAAAAAAUUAAAAAACCCUAAAGGCCAAAAAUUCAGAUUGUCCUAAUUAAGACAAAAUUGUUUCUGAAUAACUGCGUGUUUUGUUCGGUUGCGAGGUCCUUAUGUUUCAUUUCGUUCACGUAACCUGUGCUUAUUUUACUAGUAAAUCUAUCCAGUGUUUUUCCCUAACACAACAUCUAGCGCAGUAAUUCUAAUUCCAGUGAACUGUUUGCAUUACAUUGUCACGGGAAUGAUAGCCCAACGAUACUCAAAGGGACGUAACUCUAAUUUCUUUCAUGGAGAUUAGAAUGAGACCGCUUGAUCACGUGACCUUUAACACCUGAGCUAUCCCGUUGAAACUGAAAAAGAAAUACAGGUGAGGUUCAUGAUGUUUUUCGACGGUCUGGAAGCUGAUGUCGAGUUUGGGAAAACCCUCCAAGAGCGGGAGUUCACAUUCCAACAAGGAACUGUUCCACUCAACCAUGGGUCAUACGGCGCUGUUGCCAGGCGCAUGCAGGAAGUGCAGAGAUGCUUCCUGACCGAGAUGAACGCCCAGCCCGACCUAUGGUUCCGAGACAGCGUUAACAAGCAUUGGGACGAGUCUGUUAGGGCGGCGGCCCGGUUCUUCAACUGUGAUUCCCAAGACAUAGUGUUUGUUACCAACGCUACAGAGGGCAUCAACGCUGUGCUGAAAUGCUAUGAUUUCAAAGAAGGCGAGACAAUCUUGUCCACCAGUCUCACAUAUGGAGCAGUAGCUCUCACAUGCAGGGACGUCGCUGCCCAGAAUCGAGUUAUCAAGUCCGAGGUUCUGGAAAUUCGGUUCCCGAUUGAGAGCGAUGAAGCAGUGUUAAGACAGUAUGAAGAGUAUUUGCAGAAUCACCCCAAGACCAGAAUUGUGGUGAUAGAUCACAUCACCAGCCCGUCUGCUGUGUUGCUCCCUGUGAAGAAGCUGGCCAAGAUUUGCCACAAACAUGGCGCUCUCGUGUUGGUUGAUGGUGCGCAUGCGCCCGGACAUGUUCCUCUGGAUUUGGAGGAUCUCUGCGUCGACUUCUAUACAGGUAACUUCCAUAAGUGGCUCUUCACUCCACGCGGCUGCGCAGUGCUAUAUGUCAACAGGAAGCAUCACGAUUGGAUAAAACCUUUAGUGACGUCACACUCGGCUGACGGUUCCCUUGGUGAGCAGUUCCGCCAAGCCGGAACACGUGACCACGUCCCGUUUGUGUGCGCGAAAUACGCUUUGGAGUUCUGUGACAGAAUAGGAGGAAUGGAUCGGAUCAUGUCCUACUGCUCUGAACUGGCUGCAGAAGCUCAGGAGUACCUUGCUCAGCUGUUCCAGACAGACAAGCCGGCCCUACCUCGGGACAUGGAGGCGCCAAACAUGAAGCUGGUACAGCUGCCAGAGAUCUACCCUCCUCUGAGAAAGGAACAGUUCCAAGAUUUCUUCAUGGACUUUUGGAGGAAAACUAACAUCCAGACUGUCGCAUUUGAACUACAGGGAAAAGCUUACCUUAGAGUCAGUCCCUGCAUCUAUAACUAUAUGGAAGAAUACAGGCUGCUCGGUCAGUCCGUGCUGGAGUAUAUAAAGAAAUUAAACAAUAGUCAGUGACCAUCGGUCAAGCAGUGCCAGUGGUGAUAUGAGUGCUGAUCCCGUGGAGUGAUAUCCUCAGAGAUAUGGUGCCAAAAUAUUAAACCAGACAACACAUAGCAGAUGUUUGGGUGAAAUAAAAGCGGCAGAUCAUUUAAAAGCUUA